CCACACCACAGCGCUCGCCGUCGACAUGCUCACGUGUACACUCGUGAAGAAGUUAACAUCGCUGUCGAGACUGCACAGGAUCUUGAAGCAUCUUUCGCAUGGGCACCUCCGCUCUCGACUGAGCCUCGUGAUGCAGAUCAUCUUUUGCUGGUCCAGAGAGAAUCUCGCCUGAUGACAUUGCUGCUGAAUUUUGUAGCUCUCGAGGAGUCGAAGAAGCCUGAAAAAGCUCGGGACAUUAAUGAAGUCAAAUUGCUGGAAGAAAAUGCUUUUGAUUUUGCAUAGUUCACAGAUAGCCUAUAGUUUUACCCCUUCCACUAUAUACAUCCCUCAGCCUUGGGUGAUGUAUAUGUCGUCCCGCUCGAAUCCAUAUAUAUGGUUUCAGUGGCCCGUGUGCAUUGCUAGGAUAGCAGAGCGUUUAGUAAGAACGCAUGUUAGUGCAUGUACUUUUUGACUUCAUCGAAAGACCACUGACCUGCUACCUGAAUAAGAUCUGGU